AUGAAAAGAAUGAGAACGAUUGCAGACUCUGAUAGUGCUACAUCAGAGAGUGAUGUUGAGAAUUCGUAUAACACUGACAACGAAGUGGAAACUGAUUAUGUUUCAAAGAGUGAUUCUGAUAAUGUAGAUGAUAUUAGUAGUGAAGUAGGUGAUGAAUACGAUCCAUGGGCUCCUUUCAAAGCUGAAGCAACCCAACAAAGUUUAUCAGAAUUCGAAGAACUAACGCAGAAUUGCACUGCAGAAGGUUUUGACGAAACCGAAGCUAAAGACAAGGCAUAUUUACUUAUCCUACUAAAACUUCGUAAAUAUUUGCAGAAUAUUUAUUUGGAACGUCUACUUUGGGUAAGACAACUAAAGAGAGAUCCAAUACACAAAAAGAUUAUGGAAACCAGGGAUGUCUUUGUCAAUGAUGAUAAUUUCGACCGCAAGGAAGCGUUAGAGGCUGCUAUUGACAAGAGAAAAUUUCUUUUGAAAAGACUUUUCAGAAACACACGGUAUCGUAGUGACAUCGACUCUUAAUGGUUGUUUGUGUUUGAUUUAUAAAAAUAAUAUACGACCUUGUGUGGUAGCUAUUUUCCCCUAACCCAUUUCUCGAACCCCCUCCCAAGUCCCGGCAAAGCUUCAAAAAGGCCUUUGGGGCCACAACUGUUUAAUGUUAGGAAUCAGUUGACAUUUAUCAUUUGACAUUAUGCCUUGGAAGUGUGAAGAUUGUCCCAUCUGCGGCAAGCGAGCUUUACAAAGAUUGGCAAACCAUUUGUCAGACGUCCAUGAACUUUCGUCCCAAGAAAGACAAUCUUAUCUUAUUCGUGCUAAGCCAACAGCUUUAG